UCUUAAGCAACACAAGUCACAGAAAAUAAGAAUUCAAAGAUUUUUUGUGUAUACAAACCCUUGUAUUCAUUACUAGUUCUUGUCACAUUGCAACUCAAACAAUGGGCUUCCGAUUACCUGGUAUUAGAAGGUCGUCUUUUGCUGUAACCAAAGCAGCUUCUAAGGCUGUGGAAGUCCCUAAAGGUUAUCUUGCAGUGUAUGUUGGAGAGAAAAUGAAGCGGUUUGUGAUUCCUGUUUCAUACUUGAAUCAACCUUUAUUUCAAGAACUACUAAGCCAAGUUGAAGAAGAAUUUGGGUAUGAUCAUCCAAUGGGUGGUCUCACAAUUCCUUGCUGGGAAGAUGCUUUCUUUGACCUCAUUUCUCGUUUGAGUGGGCAAUAAAUCAUAUUCAAGGAGACUGACAUAGAUUAGUUGAGACAGAGUGUACAGAAGACAAAUUUUUUUUUUUAAUCCAUCUUUUGAAAGUGAAAAAUGCCAUCUAAGUAAUAGUUGUUAGUAAAGAUAUUAGAUUUUUCUUUGUUUUUUUGGUCAAAUUUCAAUGAAUGCGUAUAUAUGCAGUUUUUUCUGCAGAAAAUUUUAAUAUACAGACGGCAACUGUUAUUCAUAUGCUCUUCAUUUUUUUUACUUCAUUUCCAGAAGCUAAUGUUAAAUCUAAUGAUUCAACGGGGUCAUCCAUAAAUCCAGCCUAUAUGGAUUGUUACGUAGGAGUCUUGCUGCUCAUGCACAUGAUAUGUUGCUAUAUUUUAUGGCUGGA